AUGGACAUUUCUUCCGCCCUAUUAAACACUCAAAGCCCUGAUUUGGCGCUACGCAAGCAAGCCGAAGAACUUUUAAACAAUGCAUUGCAACAACAUAUGGGAAAAUUUAUGGUGACGCUUGUACAGGCGCUCGCUUCGGAGGAGUUUGCUGUCGUGGGCCGUCAGGCUGCCGGUUUGUACCUCAAGAACGUGUUGGAUGCCAAGGACGACGUGCUGCAGCAGCAGAAGAUCAAUGCUUGGAUGGCCAUGGAUCCAACGCUGCGUAUGCAGAUCAAGGAAGGAUCACUCAGUGUACUUCAAUCUAGUGACCCAGUCGCUCGUCAUACGAGCGCUCAGCUAGUAGCCAAGAUUGGCAGCAUUGAGCUGCCUGCCAAGGAGUGGCCUACUCUGCUUGAAAUGCUAUUGCAAAAUGUGACCAAUGGAAAUGAAGGCUGUAUCCACGCUACACUUGAGUGCCUCGGCUACUUGUGUGACGAACUCGAGGAGAACACUAUUGACGAGCAGGACACUAAUCGUAUUCUCACGGCAAUUGUGGACGGCAUCCGUGCUGACCGUCCACCUGCGAUCCGGCUUGCUGCCGUAACGGCUUUGCGGAACAGUCUAGAGUUUGUAAGCGAGAACUUUAAACGCAAACAAGAGCGCGACCACCUCAUGCAGAAAAUUUGUGAGGCGACACAGUCCUCAGACCUGCGCAACCGCGUGGUAGCGUACGAGUGCAUUGCUGCCAUCGCGACAAUGUACUACGAGUACAUUGCUGAGUACAUGGAGACACUGUGUAAAUUGACGUUUAAUGCCAUCACGAGCGACCAGGACGAGGUGGGCCUGCAGUCACUUGAGUUCUGGUCGUCCAUGUGCGAUGUGGAACUCGAUUUGAUUGAGGAGAUGAACUACGCUGAGCUCGAAGGCCGGACCGACUUCAUUCCUUGCAACUACUAUGUGCAGACGGUGCUAAGCACGCUUAUCCCUAUACUGACCGAAACGCUAAAGAAACAGGAAGACGAUCAGGACGAAGACUCGUGGAAUCUGUCGAUGGCUGCUGCAACUUGCCUUGCUCUGGUGGCCCAGGUUGUCGGCGAUGCUUGUGUCGAACUUACCAUGACAUUCAUCACGCAGAACAUCGAAAGCAACGAGUGGCACGCAAAAGAGGCCGCUAUCAUGGCAUUCGGCUCGAUUCUAGACGGCCCUGAAUCGGCCAAAAUUGCCCCACUCGUGCGUCAAGCACUUGGUUUUUUGAUGAGCUGUAUGAAGUUUGACAACAUUUUGGUGCGUGACACUACGGCCUGGACGCUCGGUCGUAUCUGCGAACUACAUUACGGAUGCAUCAGCGGUGAGAUGCUGCCCGGGCUCAUGCAGCUUUUGCUCGAGGGACUGGACCAGGAGCCUCGUGUAUCGCACAACGUUUGUUACGCGAUCCACAAUAUUGUGAAGGCCUUUGAAGAGUCGGAAGCGGCUGCGCAUAUGUUGACUCCGUACUUCAAUACGCUUUUUGACAAGCUGCUUGAGACGAGCAACCGGCCGAACGCAACCGAGAGCAACCUUCGCGGGUCAGCCUACGAGGCCUUGAAUGUGUUGGUGCAGGCUGGUGCUGACGACGUGAAUGAGCACAUUAUGUUGCGACUUCCUAUGGUGCUUGAACGCUUGGAGCACAGUAUCAAGACUUUGAUCGAAAAUCCAGACAGUGUUCACGAUGAUCAGGCUGGUCUACAGGCAUUGCUGUGCGGUGUCUUGAUUGCUGCUAUCCAGAAACUGAACAUUGACAUUGAGCCGUUAGCAGACCGCAUCAUGCAGGCGCUACUCCAAGUGUUCUCUACCCGGAAUGCUGCAGCCGCAGAAGAAGCUUUUAUGGCUGCAGGCGCUUUGGCCAAUGUUGUCGGCCCCAAAUUCGAAGUGUACAUCCAGUACUUCGGCCCAGUCGUGUUGAUGGGUCUGAAGAACAGCGAGGAGUACAUGGUUUGCAGUGUGGCGGUGGGUGUCGUGGGUGAUCUUUGCCGUGCUCUAGAGAGCAAGAUCUUGCCGCUGUGCGAUGGAAUCGUGGCCGCUUUGAUCGAAAUUCUGAAGAAUCCAAUGCUGAACCGCUCGGUAAAGCCGCCAGUGCUGUCUUGCUUUGGUGAUAUUGCGCUGGCUAUUGAGGGUGAGUACGAACGAUACGCAAUGCCAUCGCUUCAGAUGAUUCUACAGGCUGCGGGUGCAUGUGGAUCGAUUGCGACGGACGACGAAGAAGUGGUGGAGUACAUGAACCAGCUGCGUGAGAGCGUGCUGGAGGCUUUGACGGGUAUUGUGCAGGGCCUUGGAGCUGCCAACAAGGCGACUAUGUUGAUGGAGUGCGCGCCGCAGAUUGGAGCUUUCCUGGCUACGCUAGCAAACGACCUUGCGACGCGAUCUGACGCUGUGACGACUGGUGCGGUGGGAUUGAUUGGUGACAUGGGCCAGGCAAUGGGCAAGGCUGUGGAGACGCUGUUUCACCAGCAGUUCGUGGUUCAGCUUGUGGGUGAGUGCGCUAAUAACGCGCAAAAUCCUCAGGCACAGCAACUGGCGGCGUGGACCCAAAAGGUGAUGAUGGAUCUACAGUCAAACUAA